UUUUAAGGCAGAAAUGGAGGACGAUGUGUCAUCGAGACGCCACAGACGAAUUUAUAACGUUGCGCGAAAUUAAAUAUAAAAAAAUAGAAAAUUUGGACAGAAAUGGCAACAGAGCAGAUUUGACAACACAAUAGGGGGAAAAAUGAGGAGAACAAUAGCCACGUUCAGCCGCCUGCUCGGCUUUCUUUCGCUUUGAUCGGUGCUUGGUGGAUUAAUAUCAUUAUUUCUUUUUUUUGUUUAUUUUUGGCGUCGUUGCGAAAAAACAGGGGCAUCCGAGCCUCUCAAGGGGCAUUAAAUGCAGAUGCGCUGUGAAAAUCUUGGGCAGUGAGUGAGAGCACGUUGGUUGGGACUGGAUAAGGAGAGAGGGAGAGGGGGGAGAGAGACCUACGGAGAGAGUGGGAGAGAGAGAGAGCGAGUCAUAGAAAACACUGAAUGGCAACGAACCCCACACAUACAGAUAAUUCAUGUAAUCCAUCCAUUCAGCAGCAGCUAUAACUCUCUGUUUAUCUGCUUUAAAUCUCCCUUACCAAAGGAGGAGGAAGAGGAGGAGGAGGAAGAAGAAGAAGAAGAAGAAGAGGAGGAGGAGGAGGAGGUUUGAUGGCAAGUUUUCUUGAUGCUGGUCGUUUUAUGAAGAUGCACAUGUAAAGGCUGCCAAAGCAGAAGAACAGAAGAGUAGAAGCAGGGGGAGAGAAAAAGGGGGAAAAUCGGCACAGGCAGGAGGAGAAGAGAAACGAGGAAGCCAAAAAGAAAAAAAAAACACGAAAAGGAAAGAAAGGAUCUCAUCUUGUUCCUGCCUUUCAACCACAAUAACAUUAUUUCUAAUGCGAGGCCAGGGAGUAUGCGACCCGGCGCUAACAGUUGAAUGCAGAGGGGAUGUCGGGCAGUAAGGCUCUGGGCGGGGCGAGGCGGCGGCGAACCCGCUGCCGACGCUGUCAGGCCUGCAUGCGCACAGAGUGUGGAGAGUGCCACUUCUGCAAAGACAUGAAGAAAUUCGGGGGCCCGGGACGCAUGAAACAGUCCUGCCUGCUCCGACAGUGCACAGCGCCCGUUCUUCCUCACACGGCGGUGUGUUUUGCGUGUGGUGAGGCGGGUAAGGAGGACACGGUGGAGUCGGAGGAGGAGAAGUUCAGCCUCUCUCUGAUGGAGUGCACCAUCUGCAACGAGAUCAUACACCCCAGCUGCCUUAAGAUGGGUAAGGCAGAGGGCAUCAUCAAUGAUGAAAUCCCGAACUGCUGGGAAUGUCCAAAGUGCCAUAAGGAAGGCAAGACCAGCAAGGAUAGUGAUGGUUUGGGAAAGAGACGGCUGGAUAACGGCGAGGUUGGCCGUUGGAAAAUAACGGACGAUCCGCCGCCCAGCAAAAAGAAACCACCUUCGCUCGAUGAGGCCCGACAGGACGGCCACAAACGCAAGAAGGAGAAGGAGAUGGCCCAGGAGAGCGGCCCUAAGAAGAAGAUGAAAGGUGCUCGGGAAAAGCAUCUGAAAAAGAAGCAGAAGCCCAACUCAUCUGACUCUGCGGAGACCAACGGUCCGAACCCGUCUGCUGGAGGUCAGGGGUCAGGUCCUGUAACAGCUCAACCUCCGUCUUCAGCCUCCAGCCAGGACCAGCGCUCCCACCACCGCGAGAAAUUGGAGCGGUUUAAGCGGAUGUGCCAAAUGCUGGAGCGUGCUCGGGACUCAUCGUCGUCUUCGUCCUCCAGCUCGGAAUCAGACUCCGAGUCGGAUUCUGAUUCAGCCUCUCCGGCCAACGCCUCGGACCCUUCGUCUCCAGCCACUGCGUACAGGGAACGGGAGCGGGAACGGGAGAGGAAUCGGCGGCUGGCCGAGCUCGGCUUCAGUGCCAGCGAGGACUCUGAGGGGGAGGGGGCGGGGACCGAACAGGAACGGGAUGCUGGGGAAGACCCUCAGCAGAGGCGUAGAGGUGACAGUGCCCCCCGCGGGCGAAAGGCAGCUAUGGCAACAGAGCUAGAGGAUGAGGACGGGGACAGAAACAGAAAGCCUACAACCCUGCCUCCACCUUCCCCACUGUCCUCCACCCAGCAGCAACCUCCAGCUGGCCACGGCCAGCCACCAGCCUCCGAGGGACUGACGAAAAGGAGUAAUGGUCAGGAAACGCGGAACGGCCGGACAAGAGCCGGCGGACGAGAGACACAAGAGAAAGAGAAUGCCAACAGCAGUGCAGUCACCAACCACCGACACAAUACGACGGGCGGUACAGGAAAGGCCAGAAGUGGCAGUAAGCUCCGCGCUGGAGGCAGACAGACGGGGCCGUCCACCAAGAGCAGCACGACGACGACAGGAAGUGGGACAGCUAAUGGAGGAAGUGGGGUAAUCCUGUCGAACGCAGGUGGUGUUUCUGCAGCCUCCUGCCCGUCACGGUUGGCGGCGGCCCAGUUAGUGAAGCGCAGCCCUGCGGCCGUGCCCUCACCCCCUCGUCCUGUACAGAUGGAGAGGCACCUGGUGCGUCCGCCACCCGCCUGCCCUGAACCGCACUGCCUCCCGCUGGACAGCGGUGCCUCACACGUCCUGCCCCGGGACGUCUGGCUCCGAGUGUUUCAGCACCUCAGCCAGAAGCAGCUCUGCGUCUGCAUGAGGGUCUGCAGGACGUGGAGCCGCUGGUGCUGUGAUAAGAGGUUGUGGACUCAGAUCGAUUUGAGUCGUCAGAGGUCCAUCACCCCCCCAAUGCUGAGCGGUAUAAUCCGCCGCCAGCCCGUCUCACUUAAUCUGGGCUUUACCAAUAUCUCCAAAAAACAGCUUCUGUGGCUCAUCAAUCGCUUACAAGGUUUAUUGGAGCUGAAUGUGUCUGGCUGCACGUGGUCGUCUGUAUCCGCUCUUUGUCAGGCUGUGUGUCCAUGUCUGCGUCUCCUGGACCUCAGCCGAGUGGAAGACCUCAAAGACUCGCACCUGAAAGAGCUGCUGGCUCCGCCCUCCACCGACACACGCACAGGUGAGAACCGUGGUGGACGUUUCCAGAAUGUGACAGAACUGCGGUUAUCUGGACUGGAGGUGACUGAUGCUGCGUCCCGACUACUGGUCCGCUACCUGCCUCAUCUCACCAAGCUGGACCUGAGUCAGUGCGGCCAAAUCACAGACCAGACCAUUCACACACUGACCUCUCCUAUAUCUCCACUGAGAGAGAGCCUCACACACGUCAACCUCGCAGGUUGUGUGAAGGUGACGGAGCAGUGUUUGCCGCUGCUGCGGCGGUGCGUGUCCCUGCAGAGCGUGGACCUGCGCUCCUGUGGACUCGUCUCGCCGGACGCUGGACAGAUCCACUCCUUCCCCUCCCCCGACGACAGACUGCUGCUGAAGAACAGCUAAAGACCCCACCCACCCACACCCACCCACACUACGUCCCAGAGACACGGCCGGCGCUCAGCGAGCCACACAGAUGGGGGAACCUGUUUGCUGCAGUUGUUAUUAUUAUAAUAAUAAUUAUUAUUAUUAUUAUUAUUUUUGUUCCUGGAUCAACUAUUUGUGAAUGGACUUAACAGACAAGAGAAAAGACAACAAGCAUGUACAUAUUCAGUAUCAGUGCUGUGUGCGCGUGAGUGCGUGUAUGUAUGUGUAAAUGUGCUUUACUGUAAAAUAAUCCAGUUUGUCUGCUCAGCAGCCCACCCCUCCCCAAUCCUCCGGUCUAUCCAGUCCCUCCCCCAACCCCCCACCCACCACUCACCUGUAUGCAGGUAAGGCUCCCAGGGUUCUAGCGGAGAAGCCAGCUCUACUCGCAGCAUAUUUGCACUAGGCAGUGGACGGCUAACAGUGUAUCUGUACACAGAAUGUAUCCACCGCUAGAGAGGUUCUUCCAAACAAAGUGAGCCCGAGUGGGGGGCUGGAGUGGGCGUGAGACCCCUGUAUGAAAGCUGUAAACAGUGUUAAUGUACCUACUUUCAGUUUUGGGGGGGUGGGGGUGCUCACUGUCCGUCUGCUUACUCAGAAUUCCUUUGAGGGAGUCGAGGGAGCCGGUUUGAGUCGAGCCUGAGUCUGAGGGGGCGGGGUUAGUUUUCGUUUGUUUACCAUGGCCAUGCAAUCACCUCAAUAUUACACUUUCUGUGUGCUUUUUUCUUUUUCCUCCCCUUUUUUUCCACCCCCUAAAUACUUCUCGCUCAGGCCACACCCCUUUCUUCCUCUUUUUCCUUUUUUUUUUCUGCCCAGUAUCAGGACUCUUCUCCUUUUUAGCUGUUCUUCUCUCUUUCCCCCCUUUUUAAUAACGUUUCACCAUAAACCUCCCCACCUGUUCAUGAUGGGACUGCAUUUUGCACCCCACAUUUUUUAUUUUUUUUUUUAAACCUAAGUAACACCCCCUUUUCCCCUCUUUCUUUUUAUUUUUCAUCUGGGCCAAAAUUGCUCUUCUCCCUCACCCCUCCCCUCUCCCAUUUAUAAACACCUUCUGCAAAGGCCACACCCACUUUUUUUAUUCUUCACCGAGGCUAUUAUUUUUCUCUUUCCUCGUUCUUUUCUCUUUUUCUUUCUUUGACUAAGUUUUCACCCAGGCCACUCCCCCUUUUUCCUUUUCCCCGCCCUCGUCCUCUUUGAUUGCGUAUGCAUGUAAAUGUGAGUGUGGUGAUUGUUCGAGCCUCCCUCACCUCCAUCCGUGCCAUUCACUCCACACCUGCUUUCCCACAGUCAUCUUUAGCCCCGCCUUUCUUUCCUUGCUCCGCCUCCGUUGCUCCUCGUGUUCUGUGCUAUUGGUGCGUUUCCUCGUCCAGUUCUGCAGGCGCCACAUCUGGAACCUCUGUGUUGCACUGUUUUGGGUUUAAUAUGCAGUCCUGCUCCAGAACCUUGCCACUCCAGUGCCACACUCAGCUUUGCCAAGACUUGCUGUCGUUAUAAACCCUGCCCUGCUUUGUUCUGCUCUAAUAUAGGGGGCGCUGUAACCCCCGUACCCUAUGAAUUUCUCCCCACGCUGCACUGAGAAUGCGUGCUCUGACCCUCAUCAGGUGCGUGAAAGUGAGGGGAUUUGGGCUGCUGUCAGUUUGCCCUCCGCCGCACUCGUUUUUAGGACUUGUUUUGUUUUUGUUGUUUUCUGAUUCUCACUUCCUUCACUAGAUCACGUUGAGGCGGGUACUCGAAGCUGCUAAAACCCUCUGCAUCGAAAUUUUAAAAUGACGCUGGUGUCAGACACUCCUGAUACGUUUGUUCGGCUAAUGCAGGGAAAUCUCUCUAACAGCUACUCCCUAAAAACUGCAGGAGUGGCUCCAGUAGCGUGCUAACAGGCUGCACUGCUCCAAAAGCCUGUUCAGUAUUGCCAGAAAAUGUGUGAAAAAUGCAGAACAGCAUUAGAAAAUCAUCCCCCACCCCACUCGUAUACUUCUGUUAGUCCUUCUUUUGAGUUAAACCAUCAUUUUCAGACUUGGUUUAGGCCACAUCACUGGUUUAGGGCAGAGGCCAUCAAGUACAGACCUAUAAUCUAGAUUCCGGUCCUGGAUUUUGGAAUUACUGCUAAGUGUUCGCCAGUCCAGUCAGCUCCAUCGAGGGAUCAGUUACCAGUGAUUACAAAAACCAGGACUGGAAUAUGGAUCAAAGGUCUGGAUCUGAAGACCGCUGAUUUUAGACAUUAUUUGUCAGCCUGUAGAUACGUUUAUAAAGAAAAUUCGCCUGUUUUAAGCAGUGAAAUUGGCGCAACAGGGUCCGAACAGUGUUAGAGGGGCUUCCGUUUCUUAAAAUCUUGGAUUUUGACCACCGAAUUGUUCUUGAGGUCUAGCUUUUUAAUGAGCCAGAGUGUAACAUGUGCUAAUAAACACUCCUCACAGACACAUGGUUAGUUGUAAACGAGCCAAAAUACGGUUUGUUGUUGUGCGUAUGAAUGUGUGAAUGAAUGUGGAGGGCUGGAGUUUAUUAUGGGUUAUAAUUUCACAGUAAAAAAAAAAAAAAAAAAAAAAAUCAUAGUGUUGUUUUCCUUGCUUUG